GAACCAGGAAGCGCGCCGCGCAUUUCACGCAUUGCACAAAGGGCAUUUCCACCACGUCGAACACAUUCGCAAACAAAUAAUAUCGUCUAUGCCUGUCUGAUCCGAGUCGCGUAAUCAUUUUGUGAGUGCGCACGUAGCACAAUGGCGCCGAACAAACCUCGAGAACCGUCCAUCGAUCGCACGCCGGAAUAUGAUGAAUUUAUGGGCAAACUCGCAGAAUAUCACGAGAAGCGAGGAACCCAUCUUGACCGCGAACCAAAGGUCGGACCCCGGCAUCUUGACCUUCUGCGUCUCUACAAGCGUGUUUGCGAAGAAGGCGGCUACGAUAAAGUCUCGGAUACCAAAGGCAACAAGCUCGCGUGGAGGAGGCUUGCAGGCGAAUUCCUCCCUGGAAGUCCCCAUCUAACGACCCAAGCUUUCAUUGUGAAAACCGCCUAUUAUAGGAACCUUGCCGCCUAUGAGAUCCAACACUUCCAUAAAAGGGAGCCACCGCCAAAAGAGAUCCUGGAAGAUGUAUCUGCGAAAGGAGGAGACUUGCUCACUCGUACGGUAGAGAAUUACUUCCGCCCUGCAAACAGAGAGACGGAGCGCCUGCGAACCGGAGAAGAUGAUUCCGACGACUCCGACGACUCUGGUGCAAGGAGCAAAACCCCAAAGGAAGACAAGAAGGAAGACAAGAUGGAUGUGGAUGAGCCAGGGAGUACUGGUAGAGUAACAAGGACUCUUCGCCAUGCGCCUCCGCAGCGGGUACUAUUCCAGCCCGAGAUAACAACACGGCAGACGCGACAGCCAGCUAGCAAUUCGACUCCGAGUCAACCCAGCGGACCUCCCAACGGCAUAUUGGGAGGUGGUGCUGGCGCUGUCAUUGCCAGCUAUGAACCUCGAACGACUGCGCCCUCUACCAUGAAACCCGUAGUAACUCCCUCCAACAACCCAGAACACUUCAGGAAUCUUCGCUUGAAAUACACCGUGAAUAGGAAAAACAAGCCGCAACCUACUCGGGGCAUGAUGUUGCCUGGCACUGGGUUUCCUGGUCCAAAUAUCUACCUUCGUGCUCUUCAUGCGCUACGCUCAAAGGUUCCCGAAGAGGAAGCUUAUGCACUUCAUCACCUCGUGAAAAUCUCACACGAACGUGGCGACAAAUACCGAUUCGAUCAGUUCCCGGGCCUGGCUGAAGCCUUAAUUGCGAAAGUCGUUGAAGUGUCCUCUCUAUUCUACGAUGUAAAAUGGGAGAUCUCGUAUAUUGAGGAGGAAUUGACCCGGCCGAACGUUCUCAAUGGUCUGUUCGGGACCAGAGAUCUCAUCACCAGGAUUGAGACCCUACAACCACUGGACCUUCAGGAUGAUCUUUUGCCAGAAGACGUGGCAAGAGCUUUGGGGAUGACCAACGAGGCAGCGCUCAUCAUUCGAAAUAUGGUCAUGCUAAACGAAAAUGCCGCGUUUGUAUCUAUGAUUCCGUCUAUUCGAGAUCUCAUCGUCAUCAUCUUGAAUCUGCCACAACAUGCAAUGGCCAUCGAGCUACAGCAUUACGCUCUCGAGAUCGCUGAACAACUAACAAAAUUCUGGAUCCUAGGGCCAAAGGACCCCGUUUACACCUCACUAUUAGCGCAGGUUGAUUCACAGGAUCGCGGGAAGAUCAUCACUUCCUUAAGAGCACUUGGCCGCAUUGGAAUGAAUCACGAAGCAACAAACAAGUUGACUAAUGUUCCAAGGAAAACCCUUCAGGCCAUAUGUGAUUGGUUGUUGGUGGAGGACGAGGAGCUGCGAAACGCCUGUCUGGACCUCUUGUAUCUAUAUACAGGAUUCACGGACAAUGUGGAGACGCUGAUCAAUGACAUAAAUGUCGAGGCCUUGGUCCAUCAGCUCGUGCGUUUGCUUCAAUACAACGAAGUCACGUUCGAAGAACGCCGCCCGAACAGCAAAUCCCCGAAAUCAUCACAACCCGCCGAUGGCGCGCCAAAGCUAUCUGCUGCCAUCAUUGAGCACCUAGUUACAAUGGAUGAGCCCGAGAGAAGCUCCCAGUGGUUACGGACAUGCUUUGAAGAAGACAGCGCCGGAGAGAUCACCCAAAUCCAGCUAUGGUCCGCGUACAAUGCUGCCUUCCAGGACGUAAUGUCUAAAAACCAGCAACAUCAGCAGCCGCAGCCUCACAAAGCUCUUAUGCCAGCUAAAGAUUUCAUCACAAAUGUCUCCACGACUUUCUCGAGCGCAUCUGCCCAGGUUCUCCAAGUGAAUGGCCAACCCAAAUAUACAAUCAGAGGCAUCAGGCCUCGCUCCGUACCCGUGGAUCCUCUCACAAAGAAGGGCUAUAUGCGAUGCGCUUGGCACCCUCCAAAUCUAUUGAACGGAUACUCUGAUACGAAGCACUCCAACCCUUCCAUUGAGUGUGGCGAAUUCACACCGAGCGCAAAGGCCAUGUGGGAACACAUAGUUUCGGCGCAUCUCAAUAUUCCUCGGGAUGAGAAUAAUAAGUGGCUUCUCGAACGAAAGGAAGACGUUAACAUGGAGAAUGGAGACGUGGCCGCCGCAUCAAAGCCCAUCAAAUACUUCUGUCAUUGGGGUGGGUGCACACACUUCAAUCCCAAGGGAACCGAGUCCGCAUAUGAGGCAGGACAACACGUCAAAACACAUUUACCAGAUACUGGUAUUCUACAAUCGACCCAUGCUAAGCAUAACCGUACUUCAUCGAAUGCGACCAUCAUUACCAGCUCAGCCCAGAUCCAUCAUACCAACUUCCAACCUCAAUUUAGCCAACCUGUCGGCCUAGGAAGCCUCGGGAUGGGCGGCCGGUACAGUAACCAAAACGGCGGCUAUGGAUCUCGCGAUGCGGUACCCCCUACUGAGCCGUCACCAGUCUUGCGUUACUACAAUACACAGACCGAUGAACAGCAAGACGCUGCCGGGCUCCCACUCGCCUCCGUUCUUGUACUGCGCAACCUCGCCAGACAGCUAGGCAAGCUGAAUCCUCCUUCCUCAGUGCACGAAGUCCCGUCCUCUCCAACCUCGCUCAAGCGUACGCGUGACGCAAGCCCUGAACAGCGACGAUCGACUGGAGCAAAGAAGCCUCGCCUCAGUGACGCAGCGCGCGACGCACAACAUCGAGAACACGAGGAAUUUGAGAAGGAAGACCGAGAAGCCGAGACUGCACAAGGCUGGGUCCCCAGGAUCUUUGCGCCCGUCAAAGAUCAAUUGUUCUUCGUCAUGGCGCACAACUUGACCCUGAGGAAUUACAUGGUCGGGCUCUUCAAAGCCAUCAGCGCAGGCGGUGGUUGAAGCAGUAUUACAAGGAGUAAGCGGGCUUAAUGUUUCGGGCGUUUUUUGUUUCUCUCUCUCUAACUCCAAUUAUUUCCUUUCCCAAUUGUACCGAGCGGCAUCAAAAUUCUGGGAGUUUUACAUGUUUCAACGGGAUCCUUCCAAGAUACCUUCUGGGCGUAUCUGGAAUUAGGAAGAGUCAGUGCGGUAUUGUACGGAUCAUGUGUGCGUUAGGGAAGGGGAGAAAGUGUGCGCGCGUCCUCGAUGCUUCUUGUCCCAACAGGAAUAUUUAUUAGAGACCAAAUUCGAAACAUUGUAUUAUCCUUUUUUCAAAGAGUAUAUCCCUC